AUGGCCGCCCGAAACACUGGAGCCGCUCGCGCGGGAGGACCCAACAGGACGUGCCAGUUCAAGCUCGUUCUCCUCGGAGAAAGUGCCGUUGGUGAGUUACGAAAAACGACUGAAACGGUUGAACAAACACUACAUCAUUAUGAAAUCGGUAUUUUUGUUUGAACGAAAAUAUCUCGCGUGGACUUGCUCUACCAGUUUGCGUAGUUCUCAGUGAGAAACGUCGAACACGCUCAUUCGUUUAUAUUUUGUGUCGUUUGUUUAUCAUUGUGAGGUCAUUUGACACAGGGAGCUAAUUUAUACGAAGUGACGUCGACAGAAGAGAAUCGCUCGUUUCAGGAAAGUCGUCUCUCGUUUUGCGGUUCGUCAAGGGGCAGUUCCACGAGUAUCAGGAGUCGACCAUAGGAGCCGCUUUCCUCACACAAACUGUAUGUUUUAAAAAUCGAAAACCGAGAAAUACAAUGAGAAAUUUUGGAAUGUAAAAAAGAACACUUUUGUCUGAAAAUUUCAAUUAAAGGAAAUUAAAUGUUUCCCAGGUGUGCCUCGAUGACGCGACGAUCAAAUUCGAGAUCUGGGACACUGCUGGACAGGAGAGAUACCACUCCCUGGCGCCAAUGUACUACAGAGGAGCCCAGGCGGCCAUUGUCGUCUACGACAUCACCAAUCAGGAGUCGUUCCAAAAGGCCAAAAACUGGGUGAAGGAGCUGCAGCGGCAGGCGUCGCCGAACAUUGUAAUGGCGUUGGCCGGCAACAAGGCCGACGUGGCCAACAAAAGAACUGUUGAGUACGAGGAAGCGAACGCCUACGCCGAGGACAACGCCCUUCUGUUCAUGGAGACUUCUGCCAAGGUAAUCUAAUUUCUUUGAAAGUUAUUGAAGAAAAAGUAAUUCUUCUCGUUCGCAGACAUCGAUGAACGUGAGUGAUAUCUUCAUGGCUAUCGCGAAGAAGUUGCCGAUCGGACCGCCACAAGGAGAGACGGCGGGAACUGUCGACAUGAACCAGCCGCAGCAGCAGCAGAAGGGCUCCUGCUGUAAAUAG